AUGAUGAAUUCUAAUCCGAUAUAUAAGAAUUAUCUUGUUCAAAUAGCUACACGUAGUGAAGAAUUUAUUUUACCAUGUUUAUUAUUAAUUGGAACAACUUGUAAUACAUUAACAUUUAUUGUUAUGAGACGAGGACGUAUGAGACAUUCAUCAUCAUGUUUUUAUAUGGCUGCAUUAGCUAUUGCUGAUACAUUUGUUUUAUGGAUUGGUUGUCUCAAUCGAUGGUUAGAAUUAUUAGAUAAACAAAGACCUAUUCUAGCUUGUAAUAUAUGCUGUAAAUUUGGUACAUUUGCAUUCUUUUUCUUUGCUGAUUGCAGUGUAUGGAUAACAGUUGCGAUGACAUUUGAACGAUAUAUAGCUGUUUCUCAACCACUUCGUGCUAGUCAAAUAUGUACAAUAAAACGAGCACGUUAUAUGUUAUUAUUUGUUUUUCUAAUAUUCUUUAUAAUUAAUGCACAUUUUUUAUGGACAUUUCAUUUAUCAUCAACUGAAUCUCAUUGCAUACCAGUGAAUGAACGACUAUUAUUUCUGAAAUAUUUUACAUGGUUUGAUUCAUUUAAAUAUUCAUUUUGUCCAUUUACAAUUUUAAUAACACUUAAUAUCUUAAUUAUAAAAAGUUUAUUAAAUGCACGAAAUACAAAUAAAUUAUUAGAACAACAAAUAUCAGAUGUUCAUAAAAAUAUCAAUAGUAAAACUUCAACAUCAUUUUCUUCAACAUCAACAAAUAAUAGUGGAAAUGGAUUAAUGAAAAAAACUAAAAAAGGUCAAUAUCAACAUAUAUCAACAAAAGCAAUGGCAUAUCGACGAGUUAAUCGUCGUUUAACAACUAUGUUAUUAACUGUAUCAUUUGCAUUUUGUAUUUGUUCAAUGCCUAUAUCGAUUAUGCAAAUAGUUGAUGCAAUUUAUUCUGAUAUUAAUCAACGUUCAACAAUAUUAAAUAUAACUAUUACAAUAGGAAAAAUAAUUGCUGAAAUAUCUCAAUAUAUAAAUCAUUCUUUAAAUUUUUUCCUAUAUGCUUUUACGGGUCGAAUAUUUCGUCAUGAACUUCAACGAUUAUUUACAUGUCAACGAUAUAGUUUUUUUUCUUCGUCAUCACAACGUCUAAGACAUCGAGCAAAAAAACUUAUAUCAUAUCAAAAUCCAACACAAGGUGUACAUGAACAUUUUUAUUCACAAGGUAAAUGUUAUACAAGAAUAUUAAUUGCACCUAAACAUUUAUUAUCAACACCACAAAAUGAAACUUAUCGACAAAGUAUAUCAAGUACAUAUUCAUUAUCACAAAUACCAAUAACAAGACAAAAUUCUCCAUAUCAAAAUGAAAAAUUUUUAACAUCAUAUCCUCAUUUACCACUUUCAACACGUCCAUCGACAUUAACACAAACAACAUCAAUUAUGUUAUUAGAAUCACCAACUUUAUCUAUCAAAAAUAGAACAUCACUUAAUUCAUUUGUUGAUAAAAUGAAAUAUGAUCAAACAAAACCUUUAUUAAAUUUCUCAACAAUUAAUCAAACAAUUCAACCUUACGGUUACAUGGAUAAAACAAUAAAUUCAUAA